AAGAGAAAAUGGCGCUGAGCGGGCGCUUGGAAGUGUUGUUACGGGUGCCAUUUCUUGUCCUUUUGGAGUGGCUUUUGUGCUUGGAUAUAAAACAGUACAGUGAUUUAGUUCCUUAUGGAAGAAUUUUUCAGCUAACUGGUGAGUUAGAUGUAAUUUAGGUUUGUCGCGGUGGUGAUUCUGCUGAUCACACUUCGUUGUCGUACAUACUGAGUGAGAAAAACAUCGAUUUGUUGAUUUCGACAUGGACUUUUAAUGGCGCUUAUUGUUUAGUAAUGUGUCUUAAAUACGUAACAUUUUUCAAGAAAUGUUUGUCUUAAAUUCACGGUUACUCUCACCGUGAACGAAGCAAAAGAUAACUAAUGUCGCUUAUUUAAAGCUGCCUCAAUUGCCUUGAUAACUUACUGUUUUAACUUAAUUUAAGCUGAUCUUUUAAUGCAGGUCUCCCUAUUUUGAAUACCCCCAUCACCACCACCACCACGCUGGGGGGAUAUGCGCCCUUGGGGAAUUGUGAUUUGAGUAUUGUUUGAUGUCUCUAUUGCCAAUGAAACAAAAUAAUUAUCAAGGCUUUGUCCAAAUGUUCCCACAUUUGAUGAGAGUAGACGUUGUGAAUGUUUUAAACUCUGUCAUGCAUGCGCAUGGAUUUUGUUUCUUGUUGAGGAGAAAUUGUCACAAAAUCAUCACAGCAUUUCUGGUUUUUCUUGAAAUGCUUUAGUAGUUUGAGCAACUCUCUCCAAUUUGGUAUACUCACGCAUGCGUAGUGUAACUUUGUUGGAUCAUGUUUACUGCAGGUAGCCUCAACCGAUAUGUUGGUCGAUAUAUCGGUCAAUAAUAUUAUUGGUUGACAGUCAGUUGACAGUCGGUCAACAGUUGGUCGAAAGUCGGUUGACAGUUGGUUGACAGUCGGUUGACAGUCGGUCAACACACUGGUCUAGAUAUAUGUCGGCCGAUAUAAUUAUCUUUUAGCUCACCGAUACCUUGCCGACACUUUGCCAUUACUUCACCUAUUAUUUAGCGAGUAUCAGUCGACUAUCAGUUGAUAUAUAGGUUGAUAAUCGGUUUAUACUUGUCCGAGUUAUCACUCAACAUCGGUCAAUAGUCAUAACAUGGCCAAUCAAUAUAUCGGUCAAGUUGUUUGUCAGUCUUUAUAGUUUUCAGUCUGUUGCCAAUAGUACUAAAGAAAAAGAAAAUAGAAAAAAAAACCGAAAUAUUGAACAAUUUGCAACCCUCCAGGUUAAAUUUUUCCUUUGGUGGCCAUUUGGCGACCAACUCUUUUGGUUUAGUCAUCAAAAGAUUUUUUUAGGCACCAAAUAUGUAUAUUAAUAAUUAGAGUUUUAAUAAUUGGUUAACAAUUAGUUUGGGCUUAAGAAUGGUAUUGUUCAGCCAAAACAAUGUUUCUAAAUGGCAUUUACCGGUAUUUACGGUAUUUGAUCUAUAAAUCAAUCUGUAGUUUUUUAUCAGCCAUUAAACUCAUCACCAAUAGAUGAGCUUGGGCGUUGGUGGCUACAAAGUUGGUGGAGCCGGGCAACGCUCUAGCAUGAGGAGGAGGUACCGGUAACACUUUGCGAAGAACUGCAAGCAAGCAACUGCAUAUAUAAGUCACGAGGUGCCCCUAAUAGAGGCAUCGGGCCACCCCUAGUAUCGCUGGGGAGACUGCUGACCAGCAUUGCUUCGAGGUUAACUUUGCCUAAAUUACAUUUAGCCACAUAAAAAGACAAACAAAAAUACCACUUGGGAGAUUGCAAUAAAUAUCUUUUGCUUUAUUUUUGGUUAAGACCAUAAUAAUUAGCAACAAUAGUUGUUUUUUAUGAAGUUUAGAUUCAUCUGGUGAAAAGGUUGUGCUGGUCUGCAAUGGUCACUUUCUAGUAUUUUAAAAAAUGAUUCAACAUUUCAUGUUACACAAAUUUAUUCUAAAAUUUUCUUUGCCGACUUUGACUUUCUGCUUUUCCAUUUAUUUUAACCCCAAAAAUAUAUAUUCAUUUGUGUUGUAAUAGUCUUUCCAGUUUAGCCACACACGCAGUUUCCAAGGGAAAGUUAUGAAAAUCAAAUCGACUGCGUGCCAAUUGCUACGUGUUACAAGGUUAAGAAAAUGUCACGUGCUAGGCAACUAACUUGAGCUCAGUGGAACAGAACAAUAUUUUAGGAGAAAUCUUAGCAAAGCAAGCGUUUGUUUGACAUCUUCUAAUCUUCUCCCUCUGGGAUAUCAACAGAGGACCUUAUCAUUUCAGUACAAUUCAGACAAUUGAUUAUCUGUUUCAUUUCCUCAAGUAUCAGUUUUCUGUGGUCACCAACUUGGCGACUGUUUUCCGAAUCAAGUCGCCAGUACCAAAAUUUUAGUCGCCAUGGCACCUAAAGUGGUCGCAGCUUGGAGAGAUGAUUAAUUUAUUCAAAAAACAACAGUUUUGAUUUUUUUGAGUUUUGAGUUUUUUGACAGAGAUGUAAGGGAAAAGGAAACCCUUAAGUGGCCUUAAGUAACAGAGUUAUUUAACCCAUUGACACAUGGUAAUUAUUGAAAAGCUGCACAUUUUUUGGACAUUUUCUGGUCAGUUAUGAGUCAAAAUUACUCAAAAUGAAACAUGAGAGCAUGCCUUUAUUUGCACCUGCAUCCCAUUUUGUGACUUUUUAUCCACCGGCAUACAGAAAAGUUGAACCCAACCUCUUUAGACUUGUCCCGUUUUUUUUUGCUUUUCUUGUCUUCAGCUGCUGUUGUUAACUUUCUGUUGGGCUCUCUAUCAGUUCAAGAGUUUUCGAGAAAGCAUUAUCCAAAUGGGAAAUUCUUACCAAGGGAUAAGAGAACAUGUAGACACAUGAUUCAAAUGCGAAAAAUUUGCUGUAAUAGUUCAUGCUAUUGAAAAAAAAAAAAGGAAAAAAGGCAUUACGUUAUGGCACUGAGCUGUAAUUGAAUGUAACACAAAUAAUAUUGUUACAGCACAGGUUGAAAUUUCGCUUGCCAUGUUUUCAUUACCAUUGUUUACAGGUCUUGAUUUCAUAACAACCACCACGAGUUGACACAUUUUCCUAUUUUGGCAAGCUUAUGAUCCGCCUGUGUAUCUGCUGACGACCUCAUCAAUGAUUGUUUUGAAAGUUGUCAGAGCAUCGGCCAGAUUUUAUGUAGGAGAAUGUAUUGGCAUGUAGUUGUUUGUUUUCCCUUUACAGUGAGAUCACUAUAUUAAGUAUCAUAAUUAUUUUGCAAGAUUUGCUAAGAAGAGUGUAUUGAUCUAUACUGGCUAAAACAGGUAACAUCACUUCCCCUUGUAUUCCAAACAACGUAUAAAAAAGGCUAUGUUCUGUUUUGUUCUUUUGGUGAUCUGAUCUGCUCUAAGAGGUCUGUGGAUUUGUUCAUUGUUGAAAUAAACUUUAGGCCUUGUAUUUUCUUGGCCAAGGGAAUUGUUCUCAAAUUUAAUUUAUAGACAUUCAUUUUAACAUUGCAAAACAAUUUUUUUAAUUUUAACUAUUUUAAGAAUAUUAUUUUUCGUUUCAGGAAUUGUUAUUUGUCUGGCACUAUUCCUCGUGGGCCGAGAUGAGCUGAUCAGUUUCUACAGUCAUGCCUUGUUCAUUACUGUUGUGACAUUUACUUUGUACCUAAAUGCUUACAAUAGCUACAAUCUUUAUGCUGUCCUGGAAGAGCAAGGAGUAUCAAGUCUUGCUGAUCAUGAUGCAAUGUCAUUACUGCUUGUAAUCGUGGCAGCUUGGGUUGUUUAUGUCAUAUCGCUGGUGCUUUAUUCCAGAGUAUAUCACUCCAUCAAGCCAGUGCUUUUUUCGUUAACAACUUUUCCUCUAAUGUUGCGUUACAUGUCACCAUCAAACCAGUUGGAAGAUCCUCCAUUAUGGCUCUGCUGUUGUUUUGGCUAUUCAUUUUACGCUAGUCUUAUGUGUAUUUACCAGUGUGUUUAUGACAUUACUUGCCAUAUUUUUACCUCAGUGCAAAUUAUUAAGUGGAUGUAUCGCAUGUAUGGCCUGACAGUCACUGCUGUGUUCCACUGGCGCAGGGUGCAGAUACCAACCUGCAUGAUUCAUUUAUGGACUUGGUUAUUCCUGUACCACAGUACAAAUUUUUUACUUUUCUCUAGUGAAUCUGUAACAACUUUGCAGGCAUUUAACUUAACAAUGGCAUUGACUUGCAACUCUGUAUUAUCUAUGACAUCUUGUUGUUUUGUGAUUUAUAAGCUGUCUGGGUAUAUUUUGAAUCUAGUGAAGCGUUACCAUCAAGAGGAUAACAUUGCUCCACCUACUGAUCCAUACAGCUCUCCUGAAGGCCUUAGAGAAGGAUUUGGCUUUUUUUUUCUUGGAUUAUACACUGGUCUUUCAAGUUCAACCAUAAGUAGAAAACUGGUGCUUCUGGAGCUAAUAUUUUACCUCAUUGUGUCGGCAUUGGUGAGGUCUAUGUUUGAAAUAGCUGAGCCAAUUCUUUUGGGUCUUGCAUCGCAGCCAAGUAUCUCCUACCGCAAACAUUGCAGGAUAUUAUCAUUCUGUAUUUUUCUGCUUGGUUCAUCUAUUUAUCUGGCAAUCAACUUGUACUCAUUGAAAGAGAAAAUACCUUUUAUUACUCCUAAUGUUAUCACCAUUGCUCAGAUUAUUGCUGCGUUAGUUUUGUACUUCUUGUAUGUUUAUGAAUCGCACCAAAGUCAAAUAUGGGAGGCACUUGAUGACUACGUCUACUUUAUCAAUGGCUCAUGCAAAGUGUUUGAAUUUGUGGUCAUUUCAGCUGUUUUGUUCUAUCGAGUCUGUGACUUUAGUCUGGAGUGGACUCUGUUCCAGAUGGUCAUGGCAGUGCUUCAUCUUUACUUUAAUAUUUGGACACCUGCCAAAGAAGGCUGGAUGAGCCUUAAACAGCGACAUCAGGUGAAUCAAAGAUUAAAUUCCUUGCCCUCAGCAACUGAGAAGGAAAUUGAUGAACUAGAGGACGUCUGUUCAAUCUGCUUAGAAGAGUUGAAGACUGCUAAAGUUACUCCAUGCAAACAUUAUUUUCACAGCUUAUGCCUUCGUAAAUGGCUGAAUGUACAGAACAAAUGUCCCAUGUGUCAUACUGCGCUAUUGUCAUUGUAAAUACAAUGAGUAAGAUGCUGAAAAUAUGGGAUAUUUAGUUAAUGAGAAUCAACUGUUACUCAAUAACAAGUGCAUAGGUAACAGUUAUUCACUGAAGUGGAAGUGGCUAGUUAGAAUUAUCUGUUAUGGAAGUUUUCAUAAUACAUUUUAGUAAAAUCCAUCUAGUGGUCUAUUAUCAAUGCUGCAUUCUGAUUGGCUGAGCUACUACUAGGCUAUAUGUUAUAGCCCACUAGUAGCAAAAAGCGCGCACUUUUUGGCGACAAAAAAGGAUU